UGGGAUUGUUAGGAAGCUGCAGGAGCGAGAUGGAGGUGGACGCACGGGGUGUUGAUGGUCGAGAUGGUCUCCGGGAGCGGCGAGGCUUGAGCGAGGGAGAGAGGCAGAACCUCGAUGUGCGGCUUCGGUCUGGGGCAAACGGGCUUCCCAAACACUCCUACUGGUUGGACCUCUGGCUCUUCAUGCUUUUCGAUGGGGUGGUGUUUGUCUUUGUGUAUUUUUGGCCAUGACUCGUUUGCUGAUAUCUAAAUUAAGAAGUUGGUUCUUGAGUGAAUUCUGAAAAUGGCUACAAACUUAUUGAAUAAAGAAGACAAGACUCUCAACAGAAGAAUUUCACAUCUCCAAGGGACCCUUCCUUUCAUUUUACACUUUACUAGUUUGCAGAACUGUAUUAAAUGGGUAGGAUUUCACCCAUGCCUAGCUAAGUUGUUAAAAUUAAACCCUUUGGUUCAUGUUUAAAAACUUUCCAACAUCUAAUGGCUUUACAGGGGCCGAAUAUAAAAAGCGUUUAUACUUAAAAAAAAAAAAAAAAAAAAAAAA